UACAAUUAUAAUUAAUAUGUGUUAUAUUUUAUUCAUGUUGAAAAUUACAUCUUUGAAAAUAAAUUUGUAUAAUAACUCCUUAUAACUUCGGCAAUAUAAUAUGCAGUAUUGCGGUUACCACCUUAUCAGAAAGCGAUAAAAAAUAUGAGCUCAUAGAUAGCCAUAAUUUUUUUUAUCUUUAUUAAUUAUAAUUUAUAUUGUAAACAUUGUAAACCGAUUAAUUUAUUAAUUAAUGUUAUACAUUAUCGUCAAUUUGUCAUAUUAUAUCACUCGCGGGUUAAGAAUUAAGAUUUGGUUCGUGUUAUUUAAAAUGUAUACUAUUUACGCCUAACUUCGGUAUAUCGUUUAAUGUGUAUGACGGACAAAAAGUAAUUUAAUAGUUAACAAUUUGAAUCAAUAAUUAAAGUAUACUAUACGAAUUCCGUUUUUUUCUCAAUUGUUGUGUUGACAUAAGAAUCGGCGGUGGCGAUACUCCAAAGGUGUUAUUUAUUUAUUUAUUUAUAAAUUCAUCAUAAAUCAUAAUAGGUACAUUUAACGUAUCAAAAAAACUAACUGCAGUCCAAUAUCUUAGCUAGAAUUGAUUUUCCAAUUUUGUAACCGCAUAUUUCAUGAGUUUAAAUAAACCAGAAAAGAUGCCUUCGUUGGACGCAAACGUUGUGAAAAUAGCGGUUGAAAUGGAAUCUGAAAAUCCACAACUUAAAGAAUUCAAUCAAAAGAUACCACUAACCAACAUAAUCCAAGACUUAUGUAGUGGUUGGGACUUAACUGACCCUGAACAAUAUGCGUUGAAAUUUUCUGAGAAAACCAACCAAAAUUAUGUCACUGAAAAAAAUAGAAAUGAAAUUAAAAAUGGUUCUGUAUUGAGACUUGCAUUUUCUCCUUCAAAGAUUGCAUAUGACAUACUGCAGACACUUCAUUCUGAAAGUUCUGAUGACAAAAAUGAAAGAACUUCUGCCCUGCAAAAGUUAGCAGAAUGCAGUACUGAUAUAACAUUUGCUCUUGAAUUCAUUAAUAAACAAGGAUUGGCUCUGAUUAUUAGCUUAAUUGAAAGAGGUAAAUGUCAAGGAGCAAUGUUAGCUAAUGCACUAGCUUCAUUUGUCGAGUUGAUGGACCAUGGAAUUGUAUCUUGGGAUAUUUUAGAAACUCCAUUUAUUAAUAUGGUUGCCAGCUAUGUUAAUAAUCAAACAUCUAGGCCACAGGAAGCAAAAGUUGUACAAUCUUCACUAUCUAUAUUAGAAAGUAUUGUUCUAAACAGUUCUGCUAAGUAUGGUCAAGUAGAAAAAGAAGUAGGAUUCCCUAACCUUGUACUACGUCUUGAAAAUCAAAACCCCAUCAUUCAACAAAAUGCACUUUCUUUAAUAAAUGCUUUAUUUUUGAAAGCUGAUCCAGCUAAAAGAAAAAUUAUUGCUAGUACCUUAUGUACUAAACAAGUGCGCAAUGUUAUACUACAAAAUAUCAUAAAAACAUCAUCUGGUGAAGUUGGAUCUGAAAUGGCUCACCAACUUUAUGUUAUGCAAACAUUAUGUUUUGGACUGCUUGAAGAAAGAAUGAAUACCAAAAUGGACCCACAAGAUCAAGAUGCUCAUGAAAAAAUUAAGGAAUUGCGUAAGAUUGCAUUUGAAUUGGAUACAAUUAGUGGUGGAGAUGCUAGUCGACGACAACUUAGUCCAUUUACCAAAGAUUAUAAAAAACUGGGCUUUAAAUACGACAUAAACCCUGCAUUGGAUUUUACAGAGACUCCACCCGGAAUGUUGGCUUUAGAUUGUAUGGUAUAUUUUGCUCGUAAUCAUGUUGAUGCUUAUACAAAAGUUGUUCUAGAAAAUUCAUGUAGAGCGGAUGAACAUGAAUGUCCUUUUGGCCGAUCAUCUGUUGAAUUAGUACGCUUACUUUGCAACAUACUUAGAAUUGGCGAACUUCCCAGUGAACAAACUACUACAUAUCAUCAAAUAUUUUUUAGCCAUGAUCAUCCUUUCCAUGAAUUAUAUUGUGUUUGUAUUGUGUUACUAAAUAAAACAUGGAAGGAAAUGAGAGCAACAACGGAAGAUUUUGUCAAAGUAUUAAGUGUUGUACGGGAACAAAUCACUAGGGCUUUAGGCUCACAACCAGCCAAUUUGGAAAAACUACGACAAAAAUUAUCUACUCUCACUUAUUCUGAAAUAACUAAUCUAUGGCAACAAGAACGUACUUCUAGAGAACAAUGGGAGAGCCACGCUCGUCCUAUAGUGCAACUUAAAGAGUUAGUUACACCUGAGAUUGUGCAACUUAUUAAAAAACAACGCCUCAACUACAUGGUUGAUGGGACUCGAUUUACUAAAUAUUCACAACGUGGACAGAGAGUUAAAGAUAAGUUUUGGUUUGUAAGAUUAUCACAAAACCACAAAGUUUUACACUAUGGUGAUUGUGAUGAUAAAAGUGUCCCUACAAUUGAAGAACUUCCAAAUAAGUUGGGAGUGGUUGAUAUCAAAGCAUUGCUUACUGGUAAAGACUGUCCUCAUAUGAAAGAUGCCAAAGGCCGGAAAUCUACACAUCAACUUGCUUUUUCAUUGACUUUGGAUUCUGUGGAAAUGACACCUCUUUAUUUUGUCGCUCCGGAUGAAAUGGUUUAUGAUUAUUGGGUUGAUGGAAUAAAUGCAUUACUAGGUAAUAAAAUGACAAGUAAAGAAGCUGAGAAUGAUUUGGAAACAUUAUUAUCAAUGGAAAUAAAACUUAGACUUCUAGAUGCUGAAGGAGUUGGUGUAGAUAUUCCUCAAGAUCCACCUCCUGUACCUGCUGAUCCACCAAACUAUGAAUUCUGUUAUGAUUUUAAAUGAAGUUCUCAAAAAAUGUUUAAUGACCAAAUUAUUUAUUUAUAAUAUAAUAUUUUAUCUCAACUACUAGGUUUAUAAGGGUUCUAGUAAGGUAUACUUUUUUUUGUAUCAUUGCGUUGGAUUUUUUAUGAAUUACUAAAAAUUAUCUAUUUAUUUAAAUAAGAGUUUAAAUCUUAGUGAAACUAUUCAAAUGUAAAAUCAUUGUGCAUUGUAUUCAAUAGUAUAGGACUUUAAUCCAUAAGGAAUCAAUAUAUUUUUAUAUAUUAUAUAUUUUUUUUUUUAUACGCCAUAAUAUAAUAGUUUAUUAGUUUUUAUUUUUUCUAUUACUCACAUAUUUAUAGUAUUCGUUAGUAAGAUUAUCUUUUAUUAUAAACUCAAUCUAGUCUUUACAAAUGAAAAAUGUAUUUUAAAUUGUAUUAAUAUUUAUAUAAAAAUGAUUCAUUUUUAUUUUCUU